GUAUACUUUCAGUAUAACCCUGAGCCUCGCUAACACAACAUUUGCUACGAAAUAUAUAUUCCCAAAAAUAUAUACCUAUAUAUUUAUUUCUACAAGUAACUUUUUUCUUUGAGCCAAGAUGCCGCGUCAUAGGCCAACCUUUAAGACCGAUGUGAUCGGGGACCUUGAUCUUAGCCCUGAGGGGGCCAUCGAUGACUAUCGUGUCUCGCGGCAGCAAGAUCAGUUUUUCGUGAAACCGCCCAACUGGGACUCUGCCGGCGAGUCCAUUGAAAUGCUUUACAUUGCCAAUUUGCGGGAAUACGAAGCGAUGAAGCAGCUGCAGGGCCAGCUGCUGAAGGACGCCAAGCGGCAGACGGCGAUGAAUGUGCACCGCAUCCGCAAGAUGAACAAGAUCCAGGAACGACUGCGCAAACGUUUCGUCGAGGUCAACGGAUUCAUCAAGGAUUGCGCGGACAAGAAGCGCAGUGCCGAUAAGUGCAUUCGCGAGGAGACCGUUCAUCAUGAGGAGCUCAGCUCCUCGAUCGAUGACUUCAAGACCUCCAUCGGCGAGCUGAGCACCUUUCGGAAUGCCCUUAAGGCGACGGUGGCCGAGUUCCAGCCAUACGAGCAGGUCCUAGAUGAAGUGGUUAAGGUUUCGGACAUAUUCGUUUCGCCGAAGGACUGCAUAGAUCGUUGCGACGCCCUGAUGCUCGCUCAGGUAGAGAUUCAUGAACUGAAGAGCCAGAAGCUCAAUGAAAUCGAAAAAAUGCGGCAGCGCAUGGUCCAAAUAACUAGCGAGGCGGCUCUGACCGUCCUGGGCUUAAAAAACGAUCUGGCCCGGCUGGAGCGCUCAUAUGUCCAAUCGCGUGCCACGUGCCUCAAGUGGGAGAAGGCCCUCACCGCCUGCAAGGACGCCCCCUCGAACUACACCCUGGACAAGGAUCGAAUGUUUGACGCCAUCCUGGUCUUGUACCGCAUUCUCUGCAAGCGUCGAGAUGUGUCUCCCAGCCUCCACAGCUACGAGAUCGACCGCAUCAUGAGCUUUAUAAUGCGCGAAAUCGAUCUGCUCUCUUCAGUCCUCCGGGAGGUCGAGUCCGGCAAGAGCGAUAAACUUGACUCGGGACAGAUUUGCUAGUCACAGCAAAUAUAGUUUCAAUAUACAUACAUACUUUUACACUUGUUAUUAAAGCAUGAGUAAAAUGCUAGAGAUGCUCUAAGCUAA